AUGAGAGAACAAGAGGGGCAAGGGGGCCAAGAGGUUGCAAGCAGAGGAGGUGCGCAAUGUGGGGAGGCAGAGGAGGUGCGCAAUGUGGGGAGGCAGAGGAGGUGCGCAAUGUGGGGAGGCAGAGGAGGUGCGCAAUGUGGGGAGGCAGAGGAGGUGCGCAAUGUGGGGAGGCAGAGGAGGUGCGCAAUGUGGGGAGGCAGAGGAGGUGCGCAAUGUGGGGAGGCAGAGGAGGUGCGCAAUGUGGGGAGGCAGAGGAGGUGCGCAAUGUGGGGAGGCAGAGGAGGUGCGCAAUGUGGGGAGGCAGAGGAGGUGCGCAAUGUGGGGAGGCAGAGGAGAAGUGAUUGCUGGGAAGGCGCGCCCAACCUGUUCAUCCGAGAGGCAAUGGCGACAGAGCUGAUAGUGGGGCCCAACAACAACAACGUGCAGCAGAGCGUGCGCAUCUCAACCAUGGCAACGGAGCUCAUAGUGGGCCCCAACAAUAACGACGUGCAGGGCGUACAGCUCUUAAGUUACCACUGCUUCUUUCCUGCCUGCCUGUCCCUGCUUUCCUGCCUGUCUGUCCCUGCUUUCCUGCCUGUCUGUCCCUGCUUUCCUGCCUGUCUGUCCCUGCUUUCCUGCCUGUCUGUCCCUGCUUUCCUGCCUGUCUGUCCCUGCUUUCCUGCCUGCCUGUCCCUGCUUUCCUGCCUGUCUGUCCCUGCUUUCCUGCCUGUCUGUCCCUGCUUUCCUGCCUGUCUGUCCCUGCUUUCCUGCCUGUCUGUCCCUGCUUUCCUGCCUGUCUGUCCCUGCUUUCCUGCCUGUCUGUCCCUGCUUUCCUGCCUCACGCCCAAUCUGUUCAUCCGAGAGGCCAUGGCGACAGAGCUGAUAGUGGGGUGGGCCACGCCUAAUCUGUUUAUCCGAGAGGCGAUGGCGACGGAGCUCAUAGUGGGGCCCAACGACGACGUGCAGGGCGUGCGGACGUUCUUUGGGGUUGACUUCCUGGCCAAAGCAGUCGUGCUCACCACAGGUACAUUCAUGAAUGGUCGCAUCUGGGUGGGAAGACAGUCCCUCCCAGCAGGCAGGGCAGGCGAGGGUGCCUCCCAUGGCCUCACAGAGUACCUCCUCUCCCUCGGCUUUGAAUCCGACCGUCUAAAAACCGGCACGCCGCCGCGGAUCGACAUCCGGACCGUCGAUUUCUCCCGGCUGGAGGAGCAGCCAGGGGACGACCCUGAAGCCGACGGCGUGGGGGAGCGGUGGUUCAGCUUUGAUGAGAGCGUGUGGAGGCGGAGGGAGCAGAUGAGCUGCUGGUUGACUCGCACAACGGCGGAGACGCAUAGGCUGGUGGAAGCGAGUUUGCAUGAGACGCCCACUUAUGGCGGCUGGGUGGACGGGCGUGGGCCCCGCUACUGCCCGAGUAUCGAAGACAAGAUAGUGCGAUUCAAGGACAAGGAGUCGCACCAGAUCUUCCUCGAGCCUGAAGGCCGAACCGUGCCAGAGCUCUACGUGCAGGGAUUCCACUCCGACCUGCCCGAACGUCUUCAACGGAGAGCCCUGCUGCGCUCUCUCCCCGGCUUGGAGCGCUGUUCAAUGUUGAGACCCGCAUACACUGUGGAAUUCGACUACCUGUUGGCGUAUCAGUGCCAACGCCUGCAGCUGGCCCUGCUUCGCUCUCUCCCCGGCUUGGAGCGCUGUUCAAUGUUGAGACCCGCAUACGCAGUGGAAUAUGACUACCUGCCGGCGUACCAGUGCCAGCGCACACUCAUGACAAAGAAAAUUGAGGGGCUGUUUUUUAGCGGGCAGAUCAACGGCACGACUGGAUACGAGGAGGCCGCUGCUCAGGUAAGCAACCAUGCUGAGGCCUGCCUCGGGCAGAUCGACGGCACCACAGGGGGCUAUGAAGAGGCUGCUGCGCAGGUGGGCGGGUUGAGGGGCUUGUUCUUCAGCGGGCAGAUCGACGGCACCACGGGGGGCUAUGAAGAGGCUGCUGCGCAGGUGGGCGGGUUGAGGGGCUUGUUCUUCAGCGGGCAGAUCGACGGCACCACAGGGGGCUAUGAAGAGGCUGCUGCGCAGGUGGGCGGGUUGAGGGGCUUGUUCUUCAGCGGGCAGAUCGACGGCACCACGGGGGGCUAUGAAGAGGCUGCUGCGCAGGUGGGCGGGUUGAGGGGCUUGUUCUUCAGCGGGCAGAUCGACGGCACCACGGGGGGCUAUGAAGAGGCUGCUGCGCAGGUGGGCGGGUUGAGGGGCUUGUUCUUCAGCGGGCAGAUCAACGGCACCACGGGGGGCUAUGAAGAGGCUGCUGCGCAGGUGGGCGGGUUGAGGGGCUUGUUCUUCAGCGGGCAGAUCGACGGCACCACAGGGGGCUAUGAAGAGGCUGCUGCGCAGGUGGGCGGGUUGAGGGGCUUGUUCUUCAGCGGGCAGAUCGACGGCACCACGGGGGGCUAUGAAGAGGCUGCUGCGCAGGUGGGCGGGUUGAGGGGCUUGUUCUUCAGCGGGCAGAUCGACGGCACCACGGGGGGCUAUGAAGAGGCUGCUGCGCAGGUGGGCGGGUUGAGGGGCUUGUUCUUCAGCGGGCAGAUCAACGGCACCACGGGGGGCUAUGAAGAGGCUGCUGCGCAGGUGGGCGGGUUGAGGGGCUUGUUCUUCAGCGGGCAGAUCAACGGCACCACGGGGGGCUAUGAAGAGGCUGCUGCGCAGGUGGGCGGGUUGAGGGGCUUGUUCUUCAGCGGUCAGAUCAACGGCACCACGGGGGGCUAUGAAGAGGCUGCUGCGCAGGGGCUGAUCGCAGGGAUGAACGCGGCUAGGCUGGCGGAUGGGAAACUGUUGAUCGCGCUGGAGAGGGAGAGCAGCUACAUCGGCACUCUAAUUGACGACCUGGUGACCAAGGAUCUGAGGGAGCCGUACCGCAUGCUCACAAGCCGCUCAGAGUUCCGGCUGCUGCUGCGGUCAGACAAUGCAGACGUGCGGCUCACACCCAUGGGGCGCGAGAUAGGGCUCAUUAAUGACCGCCGCCGAUCAGAGUUCCGGCUGCUGCUGCUGCGGUCAGACAAUGCCGACACGCGGCUCACUAUGGGGCGGGAGAUAGGGCUCAUUGACUGUUUGCUGAUUAAUGAGUUCCGGCUGCUGCUGCGGUCAGACAAUGCCGACGUGCGGCUGACACCCAUGGGGCGCGAGAUAGGGCUGAUUGAUGAUCGCCGGUGGGGCAUGUAUCUUGCAAGGCAGGCGAGGAUGGAUGCUGAGAAAGAGAGGCUCAAACGAUACAAGCUGGCAGCCUCGCACCCAGCCAUCCCAGCAAUAGAGGAACUGUCAGGCGCAGUGCGGCACGGCACAACACUGGAUCAAAUCCUCCGCCGCCCACACGUCACCUACCGCCUCUUCCAAGACCUCAACCUCAUGGGCGCCCCUACCCCGCUCUCCUCCUCCUCUGGUUCGGAAAGUGGUUCGGAUAGUUGUUUGGAAAGUGGUUCGGAAGGUGGUUCGGGGCCGGUGGGGGAGUGGGGGGAGGGAGGGGCGGUGGUGUCAGCGUGGGAGGCGGAGUGUGUGGAGGUGGAGUUGAAGUAUGAGGGGUUCAUCCAGAGGCAGAAGCAGCAGCUGGAGCAGGUGGUAGCCAAGGAGCACCGCCGCAUUCCCGAGGACAUUGACUACGACUCCAUUGCCACCGUUUCCAAGGAGGCCCGCGAGAAGCUCUCCAAGAUUCGCCCAGCCACCAUUGGGCAGGCGUCUAGACUGGGUGGGGUCAACCCUGCUGACAUCACAGCUCUGCUCAUUUUCCUGGAAGUGCAGCGCCGGAAGAAACAGACGGCAAAUGGAACCAUGCCGAGUCGGCCUGGUGGUGUGGUGAAUGGUGACAUUGAUGGUGAUGCACUAGUAUCGAGUGAGCCGGCGGUUGCAGCUGUAAAUGCAGAUGGUUGA